UCUCAUGAUAAUCAUGGUAGACAAAUUUUCAUUGAGAUACUACGUAAGAUUAUUCGCCGACGUUGUAUUUGAAUUGGACGACGGUAGUAUGCCAGCUCAUCGUGCUAUUCUAACUGCUCGAUGUGACGUAAUGAAAGCAAUGUUCUCCGGUGAUUUUCGUGAGAGCAGCGCCAAAAUCAUAGUUUUCCCUGGAGUUAGAGAAUACACAUUUCAUAAGUUACUUUGUUACUUGUACACGGACGAAGUACCAGCGAUUUCAUCGGCCAGAUGUUUGAAUCUUUUGGAAUUAGCUAAUAGAUUGUGUUUACCAAGAUUGGUUAAUCUUGUCGAGAGCAGAGUAAUCGAGGAUCUUAAAAGAUUAUCGCAGAACGAAGGGAACGAGGCCGUUGAAAAUUGUUUGAGAUUAUUGGAACCUUGCAAGUUACACAAUGCGGAUCAAUUAGCGGACUGGUGUAUGAAUCAUCUGUGCGUGAAUUAUAAUAAACUAUGUAAGAUGUCACCUCGUAGCGUGCGCUUACUUCAUCCAGAAAAUCAAGAAUAUUUGAAUGAACAUCGAUGGCCGCCAGUGUGGUAUCUGAAAGACUACGAUUAUUAUCAAAAAUGUCUAGCCGAACAGGUUCGCGAGAACAAGCCUACCUUGAAAAGAAAUCGGAAUCAAUCGGUUUGCUUGUGUUUCUCAGGCUCAAGUAAAACUAGACGUGAGAGUACGAACAAUGGCGCCGUUAAUGGCGGCGCAUCGGCUACGUCGACUGAACAACAAGCAGCCGAACGUCCUCUUUUUGAUGCCACGACGGAAUCGGGGGAACAGGCUGUAUGACAGGAGCCUAGCGGCCAUAGCCGCUCCGUCAGAUUCGUUCUGAUAUUACCUGUGCUCUUGGUCUUCAUUUGCACCAUUUUUACCAUUUUGAUACUCCUACAGAUUUAUACUUAAGGUACGCGAGAAUUACUAAAGAAAAAUAAAAAGAAAAAUAAAAAUAAAAACCACACAUACGUAACACACGUAUAUACACGGAGAGCGAAGAAGAUGAAGAUGAAGAUGAAGAUGAAGAAGAGAAGAAAAAGAGAGAGAAAAAAAAAAAGGAAAGAACAAAAGAAAAGAGUACACGUACGUGUAUUAACGUAAUAUUAUUUUCAAAGAAGAAAAUGUUCGGCCGUUUACGAUUUAAAGCCACGUUAUUUCAAAUCGUCUCAUUUUCUUUUUUUUCUAUCCCCCCGCCCUAACCCCCCCCCCCACCCAACCACCCAAUGCGACGUUUCGAUGAAAACGAAAAGAAAUAAAGAAAGUGCGAACGUCGAUUAACAGAAAAGAAAAUGUUUAUAAUCGAGAAAAACUAACGAUGUAAUUUUGAAUAAAUGAUAAUGACGAUGACAA